UGAAGAAUCGUACCAUUACAAUUCUAAUGAUUGACUUAGCUACUCUAUCUCCUGCGGAGAUCACUGUGAUGGGAUCUGUGUUCUGUGUUUUGCUCUCGAUGCACUUCACUAUGCAGCUCGUAUCCCAGCAUCUGUUUUACUGGAAGAACCCUAAAGAACAGAGAGCCAUUCUAAUUAUUGUACUUAUGGCUCCUGUUUACGCUAUCAACUCUUUUGUGGGCUUGUUAGAUGCUAAAGGAAGCAAACCGAUCUUCAUGUUUCUAGACGCCGUUAAGGAUUGCUAUGAGGCACUCGUCAUUGCUAAAUUCUUGGCUUUGAUGUAUAGUUAUGUAAACAUAUCGAUGAGCGCAAGGAUUAUCCCAGAUGAAAUCAAAGGGAGAGAAAUCCACCAUUCGUUUCCAAUGACUCUUUUUGUUCCCCGCACCACGCAUCUGGAUUACCUCACACUGAAACAGCUCAAGCAAUGGACAUGGCAAUUUUGUAUUAUUCGCCCAGUGUGUUCCAUCUUGAUGAUAACACUACAGAUCCUUGGGAUUUAUCCAGCGUGGUUGAGCUGGAUCUUCACCGUUAUUCUAAAUGUUUCGGUUUCCCUGGCGUUGUAUUCUUUGGUGAAAUUCUACCAUGUUUUUGCCAAAGAGUUGGAGCCUCAUAAACCUCUUACAAAGUUCAUGUGCGUCCAAGGAAUAGUCUUCUUCUGCUUUUGGCAGGGAAUAGUGUUGGAGAUAUUGGUGGGAUUGGGAUUAAUAAAGUCACAUCAUUUCUGGUUGGAGGUGGAUCAGCUUGAAGAAGCUCUACAAAACGUGCUUGUGUGUCUUGAGAUGAUCGUCUUCUCCAUCAUUCAACAAUACGCUUUCCACGUUGCACCUUACAGUGGAGAAACCGAAGCUAAGAUGAGAAUGAACAAGAGAGAUUGACUCUCUGAGAGAAGACCCCUUUCCAAAUUUAGACCAGAGAUUUUGCUUCUUUUUUUGGUUAAUGUGAAUGUUAUUGAUGUUAUGUUACAACUACCAUAGUGAUUAAUAAUGUAUCUUUUGUGUU